GUGUGUUCUGACGUAGAGAGUUCAUAUCGGUACACGCAAAAUGUACGGCUGUGUGUUCGAAAGUUGAAUGGGAGGGUUGGAAUUUUGUUUUACCUGAAGAGUUUUGUACGCCACACAUUGAGUUCGUCAAGCCAGGGACCUUUUCGUUCAGCGUAGUUUGUUUUAUUAUGAGCCGAAAAGAAAGUGUCAAGACGCAAGGGACGCGUAGAUUUUUCCUAAUUUUUGUGCUGAUUUUUAAUUCUGAUGCAACUCUGGAAAUGUUCUCUGUAAAAUAAAGAUACUUUACAACUGUUGUGGUAAUUAGAUCAGAAAUUUGGUGAACGUUUAAGCGGAAUAAGUGAUUUAAUGAAAAGUGCUAUUUUGGCAGGCAAAGUUGCGAAGUGAUAGCUGGCUGUGUGUGGCAAAGCGAGCAAAGAGCAGAAAGUUGGUGAGCGCGGGAAUCAACGAUAGAAUUGUUCGGUUCAGAGGUUUCACUUUUGACGGAUUGUCAUUUUUCCAAACGUAACUAAAACGAAAACAUCACGCAAACGCCGCUGCAAAACGCAGGAACCUGUGACGAGAUAAACAAAAACAGAAAUUUUUCCCAAGUAGGAGGAAAAAUGCCGCGAUACAAGAAGAAGGAGGAACCUAGUCCUCCGCCUGAUACAACCCAAUCAUUGACGGCUGGUCGAUCCCGGCGGACAAUCAAACCGAACCGGAAAUAUUUGAAUGAUAGUGUAGUGUUUGCCUCGGCCUCGAAAUCUUCCUCUCGCUCCAGCAGCCCUGGCAGUGAUCUGAGCGAAGAUGAUUACCGACAGCAGGCGGAUGACCACGAUGACGAAGAAGAAAUGGUGCUGCCUCGAUCAGCCGCUGGGAGAAAGAGCCUUUCGCUAAAAAAAGAUGGCACAACGGGAAAGCCUCGGGGACGCCCACCCAAGGUCGGAGGUGCUACCAAAACUGAACCUGUUAAAAACUUGCGCAAAGAAGUACUCAAGAAGAUGGAUUUAACCACCCUGGGAUUAAGCAAGGCUCGAGUCGUUCUGACACCGAUCCACAAGGACAUCAAAAGGAAGCUCGAUUUGGAUCAGUCGCUGGAUUUAGAAAAAUCACCUUAUGGAGAAAAGCAAUCCAAGAGCAAAGUGGAAUCACUAGCAAGAGGCAAAUUAGACCCAUCCUCUAAGGGUAAACCAGAAAUUGUAUCAAAAGGCAAACUGGAAUUGGUACCUAAAGCAAGGCCAGAACUUCUAUCCAAAUCGCGAGACAGCAAGCAGCCUACAAUAUUCUCUUCUUCAUCGGCUGCUCUCAAGUCCAGAGAAGAGGCAAAGACAAAGAUUCUUAAGGAUUCGCAAUCAUCCAAAGAUCUCGUCCGAAGAAAACAACAAUUGGGUCUCGUAAAAGGCUCCGAUGCGCUGAAGAAGGUGAUUAAUCCGGCAGCGGUACAAAAGCUAAAUGUAGAAAAAACUAUUUUUGAUAAGCGAAUUAACAAACCCGAUGGGGGCGACAGCAAGCGGAAAAACGUUGAAACAGAAGAAGAUGAAGAUGAGGAUGAUGUUCAGAUUGUAGGGUAUGGUCGAGAGCCCAAUCCUGUGUUGGGUAGAAAAUCUGGCCGAAAGGAGAUUCUUCCGGUGAUGAAAAAAUCCGUUACAAGUGGGCUCAAGAGAAAAAUUGAUACUCCGGAAGACGAAACAUCUAAAAUGGGAGCCAAGAAAAAGCGACCAAGAGCGCCGAUUGUGGUUGAUUCUGAAGACGAUGGAGAAAGUGAAGAAGAUGAUGAGCCGGUGCGACGAUCAAGGCGUUCCGGGUUAUCCGAUAAAGAUUCACCAGUCACGGUCACACCAAAACAGCCAUCUUCGGCUAAGGUGAAAGUAACACCCAAUUCAGCAGGCAACGCUGAACUAACAAAGGUCAAUAACAUGACCAAAUCGCUUAGCUUGCCGUCUCUAGAUAAAACGAAAAUCAAUUCUCGGCAAGGUCAAGUUGGUAAAUCUGGUUUGUUUUCGAAAACAUCGACAUUGUCGCAUCCGAUGGCUCAAUCGACUCCCAAAACUUCGACGCUGGGAGACAAAAAAAGCAAAUCUGAAAUGAAUCUCGUUGAUCCGAUUCAGUCACCCGAGCGAGGCAAAAGAUUGGUUGACAAGACCAAAGAUAAAGAUGCCACCAUCCGAAUUGUCAAUAUUGGUGAUAUUAUCAAGAAUAAGGCGUCGAGUACGUCGGAUGUUAGGAAGGUUGGUAGAAAAAAUGCUUCCUAUGAUGAAAGUGAUACAGAUUCUGACGACCAACUUUCCAGUUCUGUUGGAAAACCAAAAACCAAUGAUCAACUAGUGGCGUCGAUUCUGGAAAGAAAACGAGUUAAUAUGGAUCAUUUGCGAACAAACCGAACCGUCAAACGUGGUCGGUCUGCAAUGUCAACAACCGGAAAGCAACCACUUAGUGACAAAACAAGUUCACAAAAGGACAAAAUGGAAGAUGAAAUAGAUUUUGAAGAUAUGCUUCAAACAAAUAUUGUAACGGCUAACAAAGUUCAAAAGAUCAUCAACCCAGUCGCUAUGAAAAGUCGUCGAAAAUCGGCCACAAAUGAAAAUAUCAUCCAAAACAGCGCUGGAACACGAACGAUGGCUUCCGGCAUUAAAACGCUUGCCUCCAGCAAUAACAAUAACAUGUACAAAUCGAACAAUAACGGUCGGUUUAGCACCAGUCCCCAGAAAAAUCCACCACGGAUAUUGAACUCCACCAUGAAGAUAGGAGACGGUAGAACUUACGACAAAAAGACGCCCAACAAUGGCAACGAUCACUAUUCGAUCGAUUUGACCGAUCCUGAUAACAAUGUUAAAUUGGUGGCGUCCCCGGAUACAUCGCUUUCACCGGUUAAGCGUUCUCCAGUAGCAGGGACGCAACUUCGCGGAACUGUUCCACGUCCGAUUGUGACAGCUGGGGCUCCCGGAGGAGCAGGCGUAAGAACUACACCGAACAAUGCGAUGAGUAAACCUGUAGCCGGUGCUGUUCAACGAUCUGUAUCGUCCCUUAGCACAGUGCCCGGCAGCAGUCCAAAGAUGAAGAAAAUCACAUGCUAUGAAACUUGGUACGUUAUCAACAUACCGAAUGCUGAUGGGAAACCUGAGCGACCAUCGUUUGGGAUGACUAUGAUUGGGUUAGGUAACGAGGCAGCAAAGUUGCAGCUUCCUUCGGGAGAGUGGUCUCACAAAAUAAUCCUCACCAAAAGGAAACAUCCGCCCGCCGAGGGAGAUGAAGUCUUCAACGGGGAUGUUGAAGACCGCGCUAUCAACGAAGACGAAAAGCGAAACUAUGAGCCAUGUAAUAUUAUGUUCCGACGGCGGACGGCCAUCCCAGGAAAGUUCAAUCUGCAGUAUGAUCGGGCUGUUAUCUUCAAAAACGAUACCUUCUUUAUCAAUGUUGAUGGCAAGAACUGCCAACUCUUAGGAGCUCCCAACAAGCUUGCAGAUUGUGCCGACAUCGAGACAUUGCUGUCGGUUGUCGACUAUGUCAAUCUUAAGAACUCAUGCGUUGAACUAUCAGCUUAGGAUGGGCCUUUGAGACUACGUUACAUCCCAUCGUUGGAGGUGGAAGAAUGUCGGGACAAUUCCCUUGUAAAUAGCUUUUACAAAGCGAAACUGAACAGCAGCGCAUAUAACAAACAACAUUAGCCGUACGUAGAAAACAGACACACGAAACCCAUCCCCAUCUCUCACCGUUAACGAAAAAUUACGAUAAGCAUACUUUAACUUAUCGUGUCCUGUAAAGAGGGAUGACUGUUUAAUUUUUGGAUGAAGUAUCCGAAAAAGAGGUAAAUAUUGUUGAUUUAUCAAUGCUAGAUUUUACUUUUCCCCUAAUCAUAAGCGAAAAGUUUGUUUAGUUCGCACCCCAAAUCCCUACAAUCGUUCAUUUAGGGUGACGAUUCGAUCGAGAAAAAACCAUCAGUACUCGUAGAUAUUAAGAUAGCAUGCAAAUUUAUUGUAUACUAUGAUAAUUUUCCCCUUUUAACACCAGAUUAUGCGAAACGGCAAAACUAAUUACCUUUCUUUCUUUAAUAUACAGGUUUUAAAAUAAUACAAACAAACAACCUUGUCUUUUUUAUUGUCCAUUUUUCAGACGUUUUCUAACAAAUUUAAAUUGUUUUUAAACGAAAUUUUUGUAGGCCUACCUUUCAUUGUUCUUCAAUCAAAAUCUAUUAAUUUUGUUCUGUAAAAAUCAAAAAAAACUAUCGGAUGCUGCAAUACCAGCGCUGUAAGCUUUAAACCCAUAUUGUUCUAAUGAGAAGUUUCCCUUAAAUAAAAACUUCUCAUCACUCUGCAUAAGAUAGAUAAGCGUCUUUUCAGCUUCAUUAAAACUUUAAUACUAUAUUUUAAUAGACUCAAUCGAUUGAAAUCUAUUCUUAACAUUCUUAACGUACGCAACGUAUAGAAACAGAGCUGUUUAGUUUCUAACUGUGUUGGAUGCACGUUAAGAGUCAGCCGAAAGAAUUCCUUAUUUUUUCAAAGCAGCGUUCUGUUUGACGGUAUUUUAAAGCUCGUGACAUAGAGCAGUCGUCUAAGACCAAUAGUUUUCUUAUAUAUUUCUACGCCGUUUUUUCCUCUUUGAUGGUUACCUGAGCUGAGUCUGGAAUUAUACAAGCGUAUGAAAGCAGAGAUUUUUAACAGCAGAGACAAAACAUGAUAUCAUCUGUUAUUUUAUUGGUUAUUAUCAUACCGAAUUGGGGUAAGUAAAAAGCGUUAGAGUUUCGGGUGAUAGGAUUUUAAUAAAUAUCUGAUAUGUUCGAUAACAAUCGUUGUCAAAAAAUACUAGUUUAACAAAAAAGUCUGUAAUUCUAUGAAUUUUACCCAAAAUCUGUUAUACAUUUUUUUAGAACUAAAGCCAUCAACGUCACAACAUUUUUAUCAACCAGAUCAAGUAAUCAAAGAUGCUCAUUUGCUCGUUUGAAAAAUCAAAUUUGUUCAUUUGAAAAAUCAAAAAACCUUGUUGUGAUUUCAGAAACCUGCAUAUGACUUUUGAAUACUAAUGAAGCUCUAUUUUUUCUAAGUUGGGCUUUUUUUUAGUUCCACCUAGCGUUGAAAUUUGAAAAAUUUGUAUUAGAAGAUUGUUUGUCGUUCACGUAAUGUGAAUGGUUCGAAAGUUACCCAUUAAAAAUAUACACGUAGGUAUUAAUUAUGAGCAAAUUUUUCUAGGAGUGUUUUUU